AUGUCUGACAGCUACGGAGGCAACGACAGCUACGGCUCCAGCCGUCGCGACAAUGACAACACCUACGGCUCUAGCAACAAUGACUCUUACGGUUCCAGCCGCCGUGACAAUGACAAUGACAACUCCUACGGCUCCUCUCGUCGUGAUAAUGACAACGACAACUCUUACGGUUCUAGCCGUAACGACAACACCUAUGGCUCGUCUGGCACUUCUGGUCUGAGCGGCGGCAAUGACAGCUAUGGCUCCUCUAACAGAAACGACAACGAUUCCUAUGGAUCUAGCCGCCGUGACAAUGACAACACCUUUGGCUCCAGCAACACUGACUCUUACGGCUCAAGCCGCCGUGACAACGACAACGACAACUCCUACGGUUCCAGUCGUCGCGAUAAUGACAACGACAACACCUACGGCUCGACCGGCACUUCUGGUCUCAGCGGCGGCAGUGACAGCUAUGGUUCCAGCCGUCGUGACAAUGACAACACCUUUGGCUCCAGCAACAAUGACUCUUACGGUUCUAGCCGCCGUGACAAUGAUAACGAUAACUCUUAUGGCUCCAGCCGACGUGACAACGAUGACAACACUUAUGGCUCCAGCAACACCGGCAGCGACAGCUACGGAUCCAGCCGCAAGGACAAUGACACCUACGGCUCCAGCACCACUGGCAACACAUACGGUUCCUCCACCUCGAACACCUACGGCUCUGGUCGCAAUGACAACGACUCGUAUGGCUCCGGCAACAAUGACUCUUAUGGAUCAAGCAACUACGACCGUGAUGAUGAUAAGAAGAAGGGCGGCCUCAUGGACAAGAUCAAGGACAAGGUCGAGGAGAAGGUCAAGGGCCACAAGAACCGUGAUGACAACGACAAUGAGUACUGA